CACCAAUUAUACAACCAUCCUGAUGGCCUCGCCACCUCCCACCUCCGCCCAAUACACAGUCCUCCGCCUCCCGACAACAUCUCCCCAUGUCCCCGCCCUCAUCAAAAAGAUGCGUGACAAAAAACUUGCAGCCCUCGAAGCCGACCCCACAAGCUUCAUACUCCAGCACGCCGUAGAAGCCGCUCACCCUGAUUCCGUCUGGCAUUCCCGUUUCGUCAACUCGACAACCCUGGUCUGUAUCCGGACCCCGGAUUCCACGUUAUCAGCCGAAGAAGCCUUGAUGAUAGGAGAAUGGGCGGGCUUCGCAGCAAUCCGUGGACCUCUGGCGUACUCGGCGUACUAUUUCCCGGAAAUGGGACACAAGAUUCCAGAUGACUGGGCGGUGGAGGCGCGAUGGCAUCUGUUUGACUUGUAUACUUUUCCUUCCCAUCGUGGGCAGGGGGUUGCGAGCAAGCUCGUCGCGGCGUGUGUGGCUACUGCUGCGGAGUUGACGGCUGGCGAGGUUGCGAAAGUAGAGGACGGCGGGAGGAAAGAAAGGGCGCGCGUACAGCUGUACUGUAAGCCAAAUGAUUGGUUGGUGGGUCUCUACAAACGGUUGGGGUUCAGAGAGUCGGGGAAAGUGACGUUGAAGGAAGGCUUCGUGACGAACGGGAUGGAGCAGAGUAUUCCAGAGGAUACAGGGAGUACGGAGGAGUUGAAGGAGAAGUGGGAGACGAGAUUUGGGGUGGCUAUGGAGAGGGUUGUUGAUAUAUUUUGACAGUCUGUGACUCGUCUCUCGUGGAAAAAUAUUUUGUCAGUCCGUACAGAAUCUUGGAGCAGUUAUGCACGUAGUAGAACUUGCAAGAGUGUGUUGACGUUUGUGUAGCAAACACGGCACGAGUUUUGAGUUAUGACGUGAGUUU